AUGCUACCGCAAGCACAGCAACAACAACAGCAGCACCCCCACCUCCUGUCCCAGCCCCUUCCCUACGUUCCUCAACAGCAGCAUCAGCAGCCACAGCAGCAAUUCCAGACUCUGCAACAACAACAACAACAACAACAACAGCAACAGCACUCGCAGCCACAAGAUCUACACCUUUCGGGCUCGUUUGUACGACAAUCUGUUAGACGAGACGAGCUCCCGGACGGCGGCUCCAUUUUCUCCAGCAGCUUCCCGAUGGGGCCCUAUCAGCGCACCGCGUCUGAAGGUGUUGUGGCACGAAUGCCCGCGGAGGGUCCCCCCGGCCCCCCGCCCCUCUACUACGGCAACCCACUUCGGCCUCCUGCCCCUGCCAGCGAACUAAGGACUCACCACGGCGCUGUCUGGGACUAUGGCGCCGCCGGCGCCGUCGGAGGCCAGACGCGGACUGUAGCUGGAGGUACGGCCCAAAUGGCUCAGCAGCCGCUCGGUGGACUCGGCCGAGGCAUGCACCAACUGCCGCCAGCGGCGGCGAUGGCGGUGGCGGAACGGCAGCCCUCCGGGGCGCAGCAGGCUGUGCCGUUGCCCUUCUCUUUGGACGCUGCAGACAUGGCGGCGAUGCCGGAUCCUAAUGAGAUGUACGACCACUCGUACGGAAGUCCAGCUCAGAGCAGCGGAAUCGACGGUGAGCAGUACGGAGGCCGUUGGUCGACCGGGGGCGUGGCCACGGUCAGCGGUGGAGAUGCCGGUGGCGCCUUGACGUAUCCUGGCAGGCAGCAGCCGUACGAUGGGUACGGCGACCAUGCAUCAUCGCCCAUGGCGUCACGUGGCCCUGAUGUGUACGGUGUGUCGCACUUUCCUGGUGAACCGGCUGAUUCCGCGCAGCAAAGAGUUGGGUCGGAGAAUAUUAUGCAGCCCUUUGCUUUCGGAGGUGCCUCUACCAGUAGCGGCGGCGGCGGCGGCGGCGGCGGCGGUAGCAACUGGACGACCCUACAAGGCCGAGUCGCUGCCGGAGCGCUGGCGUACGGCACGUCUGUGGCGGCUCCAUCACGCAUGAUCAACGGCCGAGGCCUGGGCAUCAAGUCCAGCAGUGGCGGCGGCGGCGGUGGCCAUGGCGGCGGUUGCGGAGGCGGAGGCGGAGCCAGCGGCCCUGGAAGCAAGAAGGGUCGAGAAAACCUUCCUCGGGCCGCCGUACAGUCGCUCAAGCUGUGGGUGUUCAACCAUAUCGUACAUCCGUACCCCAGCGAGGACGAGAAGGAGGUGCUGUGCGCAAAUACUGGGCUAGAUCUGCUCCAGUUGAACAACUGGUUCAUCAACGCGCGGGUGCGCAUCUGGAAGCCCCUCAUUACGGAGGUGUUCAUGUCGAACCAGCCAAGGAUGGCGCAUGAGGCACAGGUGCGCGGGGACACUGAGCUCCUAGCCAAGAUGAACGCAGCGCGGAAUUCCCCCACUGCCCAGUUGGCGCUGGUGGCGGCGGACGCCAUUUCCCUUAGCUGCCUGGAGCAGGCGGCCCAGCGGAAAGCUUCGGAG